AUGGAAAGUCUGAGAGAGGCUAAAGAGGCAGAGCGGUUACAAGAACAAGAUCCUGGUAUUUUUCCAUCAUAUGUGGUGAUGGCUAAACAAAGUCCAUCACCGGAGGUCAAACUCACUAUUCUCCACACCAACGAUGUGCACGCCAGGGUGGAGGAGACCAGCGAGGAUUCGAGCAAGUGCGUGUCUAACUGUUAUGCAGGAGUGGCCAGGCGAUUGACUAUGAUCCGCCAGAUCAGGAAGCAGGAGCCGAAUGUGCUGCUUUUGGAUGCCGGGGAUCAGUACCAGGGGACCAUCUGGUUCAAUUAUUAUAAGGGUGCUGAGGCUGCCCACUUCAUGAACAAGCUGCGAUAUGAUGCAAUGGCUUUGGGGAAUCAUGAGUUCGACAAUGAUGUGGAUGGCCUCUUGAACCCCUUUCUUCAGAAUGUUUCUUUUCCAGUGCUGAGUGCAAAUAUAAAGGCAGAUCAACAGUUAGCACCAAAGCUCGCCGGCUACUAUCAUCCUUUUAAGAUCCUAAAGGUCAGUGGGCAGAAGAUUGGUUUGGUUGGAUACACCACCAAAGAAACACCAAUGCUUUCAAGCCCAGGGCCACAUCUAAUCUUUGAAGAUGAGAUUGAAGCUGUGCAGCGUGAAGUUAACAAACUCACAACUCUAGGGGUUAACAAGAUUAUCGCCCUGGGUCAUGCGGGCUUUGAGACGGACAAGCAAAUUGCAAAGAAAGUGAAAGGAGUUGAUGUUGUAGUGGGAGGACAUACCAACACUUUUCUUUACACAGGCAAGGCUCCUUCCAAUAAUGCUCCUGCCGGUCCUUACCCCUACAUUGUAAAAUCAGAUAGCGGCAAUAAUGUUCCUGUUGUACAGGCCUACGCAUAUGGAAAAUACCUUGGACAUCUAAAGGUGACAUUCAAUGAUGAAGGAAUAGUGACCAAAGCUGAGGGAAAUCCAAUACUGUUAGACAGCAGCAUCCCUCAAGAUGAGGUGCUGCUGGCAGAUGUAAACAACUGGAAAAAAGCACUUGCCAAAUAUUCAAAGGAAGUCAUUGGGCAAACACUGGUUUAUCUGAAUGGAACCACUGAGGAAUGUAGGAAUCGGGAAUGCAAUUUGGGAAAUUUAAUCUGUGAUGCCAUGAUCAAUGAAAAUAUCCGAAAACCAGAUGAAAAGUCUUGGACCCACGUAUCCAUUUGUUUGACGCAAGGGGGCGGAAUCCGUGGGCCCAUUGAUGAGCUCAGUAACAAUGGAACAAUACGAGCAGAAAAUCUUUUAACUGUUUUACCAUUUGGAAGUACUGUUGAUCUGCUUAAAGUCUACGGUUCAACUUUAAGAGAGGCUUUUGAGCAUUCUGUCAGGAGAUAUGGACAGAACACAGGAGAGUUCCUGCAGGUGGCUGGUGUCCACGUGGAGUUCGACCUGAGUAAAAGGCCAGGUCGCAGAGUGGCCAGACUGGAUGUUCUCUGCUCAGACUGCCGUGUGCCACACUAUGAACCGCUCAAAGACUCCAAAGUUUACAAAAUAGCUGUCAACUCUUAUAUUGCUGGAGGUGGAGAUGGGUUCACCAUGUUGAAGAACAAAAACCUGAAACACAACACUGGUGACACUGAUUAUUCAGUUGUUUCAGACUACAUCAAACAAAUGCAACGGGUUUAUCCUGCAGUUGAUGGAAGAAUAUCAUUUAUUGGAAACAGUGGCACACAACUAUACAUUAAUCUGAAAAUCGGGUUGCUUUUUAUCUCACUUUUUGCAUGCUUUUUCCAUUUAUGAUCAUUGUGACGAGUUAAUUAGUUUAUCUGAGUAGCAUUUUGUCUUCUUAAUUAAACCUUUUAUGUAAUUUGCAUGUUCCAAGAGAAAUUAAUUG